AUGCCAAAGCCAGUUAACCAGUGGAUGGCUGUGUUUGUGAUCUAUGCCUUUCUCAUGGGCUUUCUGUUCCCAGUCAUUGCGAUCUGUAUGUGUUACAUCCUCAUCAUCGCCAAGAUGAGAGUGGUGGCACUGAAGGCAGGCUGGCAGCAGCGUAAGAAGUCGGAGAGAAAGAUCACUCUGAUGGUGAUGAUGGUGGUGACGGUGUUUGUCAUCUGUUGGAUGCCCUUUCACAUUGUGCAGCUGGUCAAUGUCUUUGUGGAGCACCAUAACGCAACACUCAUGCAACUCGCAGUGAUUUUGGGAUACGCAAAUAGCUGCGCCAACCCAAUACUGUACGGAUUUUUAUCAGACAAUUUCAAACGUUCGUUCCAAAGAAUUUUGUGCCUGCGCUGGAUGGACAAUGCAACAGAGGAACCCAUAGAUUACUAUGCCACGGCUCUGAAAAGUCGUGGUUACAGUGUGGAUGAAUUUCAACCGGACAAUAUGGAAUGUGAUAGCACUUAUAGAAAUGGAACCUGCACUUCUAGGACAACGACACUGUAG